UCACGAACUUUAGUACAUUGUCUCGAGCUGUUUUGCUUGCAGUGAGUCAGGAGCUCGAAAAGAAGCGAAGUCGACCGAGAAUUCAACAUAUAAUAGCAAAUUUUUUUACCACAUUCAAGUCCAGUUAUGCCAUCUGACAGACCCUUCAAACAGAGACGGAGCUUUGCUGAUCGUUGCAAGGAAGUGCAGCAGAUACGAGAGCAGCAUCCCAAUAAAAUUCCAGUGAUCAUUGAGAGAUAUAAGGGGGAAAAGCAACUUCCUGUCUUGGACAAGACCAAGUUCCUUGUCCCUGACCAUGUUAAUAUGAGUGAGCUGGUAAAGAUAAUCAGGCGUAGACUGCAGCUCAACCCCACCCAGGCCUUUUUCCUUCUUGUCAAUCAGCACAGCAUGGUCAGUGUGUCCACCCCUAUUUCUGAGAUCUACGAACGAGAGCGAGAUGAAGAUGGCUUCCUCUACAUGGUUUACGCCUCCCAAGAGACCUUUGGUUGCUAAGCAUGCGUCUUGACCUUUGAGGGAGGAACAGCAGAGGGAAGGAGAGACACAAACAGGAAGCAUCCUAAUGUACCCGUUCUUUCUCUCUCUCCAUCAUCACUGCUCCUCCCUUGCUGGUAUGAAACAAAAUAAAACCGUUGAUUCUAGUCUAUGACACUACAGUGCAAAACACAGCGUUACUGUAAACACUAUUCUGACCCAAUUUCAAACUUGGUUGUUUUCCUUUAUUAGCUCAGCGUAGGUAUUACACUGUUUAUACUUUGUAUUUGGCCCUAGUAGUUUUUUUUUCCCUUGAGUUUUAUUACUUUUAGGCCGUUAUGUCCAAUAAUUAGUAACACAUGUUGCUGUAAAUAGGUGAGAGUGUGUUUUUUUUUUUUUUAAUUUGUUUUAGGAUUAAUUUGCUUUUGCUUUUUGUUUGCUCGUAGUAAUCGUCUGUAGUAGUUACCAGACCUUAGUGGUGCUGGUGUAAGGUUGUAAAAUCUUACUUCAGAAUUAAGUGCUAAUUUAAACCAAGUGAUUAAUCAAGAUGCAGCGUAGUUCUCAUCAAAUUUACUGUCAGACCCAUUCUGUGGUUCUCAAAUCAAAACUGUUAGGAGACCAAUGGCUCCAAACUGGUGUAAUUAUAGUUAUUUAAAUUAUCAGAGGGUUUCUGAAGCCUUUGAGUCUGUUUAUUUCUGGGCUCCUGUGUAAAAAAUAACUACUCAUUCACUCAUUGUAGAAUAAAGGUAUCGAAGUCAAAAGCCACAUUGAUCUGUACUGUACACAUGUGAGCCUGAAGAACAUCUUUUGGCAUACAGUAUUCUGCAGUCAGCCUCACAUAAUCUUUAGAAUAAAAUGCUUUUUUUGCACAAUUAAAACAUCCGAGAGGACAACUUAUUAGAAGUUCAACAAUUAUAGCACACAAUUAUAUUCUCCUUUAUACUUUUUUUUUCCUCCUGUCACCAUACGAGCUGUUUGCCUUGUGUUAAAUCUCAGAUGAAGGGAUUGUGAUGCCCUACAUUGCAUGUUUUUUUUCAAACUUUUUUUUAUUGAUUUAUGCUAUAGAUUUGUUAAUUAUUUCAGCUUUAUUUAAAGCUAAAAAACUUUUUAGAUGUUUUGAAACCAAAAAAAAAAAAACUGAAAUAUGUAUAUGUAUGUUUGAAUUGUUUGAAAAACAAGUGCGUGUAUAAAUCAUUGUACGAAAUGAU